AUGAAACUCCAAGACCGCACAUUCAUCAUAUCAGGCGGGUCCUCCGGCCUCGGCCUGGCAACCGCUGCGGCUCUCCUGAGCCAAGGUGCCAACGUCUCGCUCCUGGACCUCAACCCACCCCCCUCCGGCAUCUCCCUUCUACUCACAAACCCAUCCCGCACACUCUACACACGCACAGAUGUCACCAGCACCGCAAGCCUCCAACAUGCCAUUGAUUCCACCGUCUCCUGGAUCUCCAGUUAUGCCAACGCUCCCCUGGGAGGCGUCAUAUGCUGCGCGGGCAUCGGUUACGGCGAGCGCGCUCUGCCUCGACAAGAUCCCGGCAGUGGAAAAGUAAAGACAAUGUCCAUCGAAGGCUUCGAUCGGGUUAUUGCCAUCAACCUGCGUGGCACGGUGGAUCUGAUAAGACUAGCGCUGCCGCAUCUGGCAGCUGUAGAGGGUGAGGGCGACGAUGGGGAGCGGGGUGUCAUUGUAGUUGUGUCUAGCGUAGCCGCAUAUGAGGGGCAGAUUGGGCAGUUGGCAUAUUCGGCGAGUAAGGGGGCAGUGGCUGGGAUCGUGCUGCCGUUGGCAAGGGAGGUGGGGAGGACGGCGGGGAUCAGGGUUGUUGGUGUUGCGCCGGUCCGCCUGGCGAAUCUAGUGGUGAGAAGAAGAGACUGGGGGUUGCAGAGAGGAGCGGAGCAAAUAGCGGAAUGGUUGAGUAUCCUAUGCGGAUGGGGAGGCCGGAGGAGUUUGCAGAGUUUGUGUUGGGGUGCAUCAGGAAUGGGAUGGUAA